AUGAUGGAUCCUCAACAUAGAAAUGACAAUGGGUUGGAGAUGCCAACCAUUAAUGAUGGACCAUCACCACUGAGGCGACUACUGAUGGACCUCAACAAAUACUUGAGUGAAGACAUCUAUGACCACAUGAACAAGUUCGUUGGGAAGCUAUUAAGGAUGUAUGACAUGAUCCUUUCAUAUAUAUCAUCCACGUGUCCAUCCCAACAUAAGAGAUUCAAUCACAACCUGGAAGCUCCAACUCCAACUCCAACUCCUACUCCUACUCCAACUCAAACAUCAUCCCCAUCCCCAACAACAACAACACCAACCACAACACCAAGACCAGGCCAAACGAUUGGCCAGUCAGAUGAUGCUGCGGCCACAACCUCCACCACAUCCAACUUUAAUGAGAUUCAAGUCAACUCACUGUGUAGAGCCAAUAGUGGCAGUGGCAGUGGCGGCAAAGGCCUGUCCAAGAGUGCCAACUUCACCAGGAUAUGGCUGAUAAAGGAGAUCAUGAAGACCAAUGUCGACGGGCGAUACCACGAGGAAUCGUUGGGCGAUAUGAAUGUCGAGGAGCUCGAGGAGAUCCUCCACACCAGUCGCCAUCAA